AUGGACCUGAGAGAGUCUCACUCUGCAAAGACUCAGCUCCACACACAGAAAGACAAGAGGGACUGGACCGUGAUCGUAUCAGUGCGUCUCGAAACAAAACAAAAACAUUUAAAUGUCUUUUCCAGAAUGAAACGUGGAAGUGCUGGUCUUAAAUCCAAGUGCCAAACCUUCCCCAGCCCCAAACAGCGCGCCAAGAGGCUGAAGCAGAUGGCGUGCAGCUUCGCCCCGAGCCGUGGCGAGGACUGGGGGAACCUGCCGCACCACGUGGUCCUGCAGAUUUUCCAGCACCUGUCUCUGAUGGACCGGGCCCGGGCGUCCUCUGUGUGCCGCCGCUGGAACCACGUCUUCCAUACUCCAGAUCUAUGGCGCCGCUUUGAGUUUGAGCUGAACCAACCGGCCACGUCCUACCUCCGCUCCACUCACCCCGAUCUCAUCCAGCAGAUCAUCAGGAAGCACGCCCAGCACCUGCAGUAUGUCAGCUUCAAGGUGGACAGCUGCACGGAGUCUGCAGAGGCGGCUUGUGACAUUCUCUCCCAACUGGUGAACUGCACCAUCAAGACCCUGGGCCUCAUCUCCACCGCACGGCCCAGCUUCAUGGAUGUGCCUCAGGCUCAUUUUGUCUCCGCUCUGACCGUCGUCUUCGUCAACUCCAAGUCACUGUCGUCCAUCAAGAUCGAUGACACUCCAGUGGACGAUCCGUCGCUCAAAGUGCUGGUGGCCAACAACAGUGACACGCUCAAGCUGCUGAAGAUGAGCAGCUGUCCUCACGUGUCCCCUGCUGGGAUCCUGUGUGUGGCAGACCAGUGCCACGGCCUCAGAGAGCUGGCGCUCAAUUACCAUCUUCUGAGUGAUGAGCUGCUGCUGGCUCUCUCCACUGAGAAACAUGUGAAUCUGGAACAUCUACGCAUCGAUGUGGUGAGUGAAAACCCCAGUCAGACCCACUUCCACAGCAUCAAGAGGAGCAGCUGGGGGGCGCUAGUGCGCCACUCCCCAAAGGUCAACAUCGUCAUGUACUUUUUCCUCUACGAAGACGAGUUUGAGCCUUUUUUCCGUGAGGAGACGGCGGUCACUCACCUGUACUUUGGUCGGGCAGUGAGUAAAGAGAUGCUGGGGCGGAUCGGUCUGAACUGCCCCCGUCUGGUGGAGUUGGUGGUUUGCGCUAACGGACUGGAGCCUCUGGACGAGGAGCUGAUCAGGAUCGCAGAGCGCUGCAAAAGCCUGACGGCCAUCGGCCUGGGCGAGUGUGAAGUUACCUGCAGCGGCUUUGUGGAGUUUGUGAAGAUGUGCGGGGGCCGGCUGACUCAGCUGUCAAUCAUGGAGGAGGCGCUGAUCCCUGACAGCACCUACAACAUGGAGCAGAUCCACAGCGAGGUGUCAAAGCAUCUGGGACGCAUAUGGUUCCCUGACAUGAUGCCCACAUGGUGAUGUAACCCAGGGUUUACUGAGG